AUCAGUAAUGAUAAAGCUUAUCUUCUGAUUAUACGUUAAUAGAUUUAAAUAUUAUGAUAAAAACGCUACCUGUUAGUUCACCAGAAAUUUGAGUUAGAAUAAGUAAUUUCUAAAACAAAUAUUCUUCAAAAAGGUUUUAGCCUCUCAUACGAUCUGUGCAGUAAAACUCUUCAUUUCCGUUAUGAAAGUAGCGCCAAUUCUGCUGUUAGUGCUAUGUCUGGCGAUAAUUGCAGUAUCGUCAGCCACAAAAAGCAGUGAAUCAGCUUCCAAGGAUGAAGGAAAACAAGGAAAAGUAAUCAAACACUCAAACCACAAAGCCUCAAAAGGCUCAGGCAAAAGCUCGAAACACGACUCAGAAUCAAGUAACCAUGGCAGCAAAAGUUCGGAGAAUCACAAGGUUCAAGACGUAGAAGGUGGCGGUAAGAAGCACAAGCAUCAUGAAGCGGAUCAUCACGCUAAAUCGCAUCAAGAGCAAGGUGGCGGUGAACAUGGAGCGAAGUUCUUAGAAGCAGAGAAAAAGAAGAAGGAGAGAUUCGAGAAGGGUUUUGCGGAAAAAUAUCACAAGGAUGAACUUAGUGCUCAUGACAGCUUCUUCAGCAAUGGAGAGAAAACAGGAACUUACAAUGUUUUUGGCAAAAAAUCUGCCAAAUAUGGUUCAGGAACCGUUCACAAGCAAUCUGCAGGAGCUUUUAAGAACUUAAAAUCCGAAGCAAAACAUGGCAAGACCGGCAAAAAAGUUGGCGGACAUCACAAAUCAGGAAAGAAAGCCUACAAAACGCAAGGCGGUAACAAAAGCCAUUAUGCCCACAAGGACAAGCAUGCGAAAAAAGGCGGCAAAAAAGGAGGAAAACAGUACAAAUACUCCCAUGGUCACAAAACGAAAUAAAAAAUAAAAAGAAAA